UUAUUUGCUAAAUAAUUCUCGAAUAUUACUAUGUGACGCACGCGUAAAAGUGGCAUUUAACGAGUCAGCUUAUAUAUAUUAAACCAGCCGGUCAAUGGGAUCAUUCGCAUCUCAUUUAUUUCACUUGCUUGCAUUCUUUUAAAUAAAUAAUAAAUAAUUCUAAAUCGUAAAAAUGGUUAAAAUCGGUAUCAAUGGUUUUGGUCGUAUUGGUCGUCUCGUUUUGCGAGCUGCCAUCAAAAAAGGUGUUGAAGUUGCCGCCAUCAAUGAUCCAUUUUUGGAUGUAAAAUAUAUGGUUUACAUGUUCAAAUUCGAUUCAACACAUGGCCGUUAUCAAGGUGAAGUUAAAGAGGAAGGUGGUCUUUUAGUUGUCGAUGGACAAAAGAUCCAAGUAUUCCAAGAACGUAACCCUGCCGAAAUUCCAUGGGGAAAAGUUGGCGCUGAUUAUGUUGUCGAAUCGACCGGUGUGUUCACAACCAUCGAAAAAGCUAAAGCCCACUUAGCUGGUGGAGCUAAAAAGGUUAUCAUUUCAGCACCGUCUGCUGAUGCACCAAUGUAUGUUAUGGGUGUCAAUCAUGACAAAUACGAUCCAAAACAACAAAUUAUCUCUAACGCUUCUUGCACCACCAAUUGCUUGGCUCCAUUGGCCAAGGUCAUCAAUGACAAGUUUGGUAUUGAGAAUGGUUUGAUGACAACUGUCCAUGCUAUAACUGCCACACAAAAAACAGUAGAUGGUCCAAGUGGCAAAUUGUGGCGUGAUGGUCGUGGCGCUGGACAAAAUAUUAUCCCAGCUUCAACUGGUGCUGCCAAAGCUGUUGGCAAAGUUAUUCCCGAAUUGAAUGGUAAACUUACAGGAAUGGCACUUCGUGUACCGGUUCCGGACGUCUCGGUCGUCGAUUUGACUGUCACAUUGAAAAACCCAGCCAGCUAUGACGAGAUUAAAGCCGCUGUCAAAGCUGCUGCCGAAAGUGAUCAUUGGAAAGGCAUUCUUGAAUAUACUGAUGAAGAGGUUGUCUCAUCGGAUUUUAUUUCGGAUACACAUAGUUCAAUAUUUGAUGCUAAAGCUGGCAUUGCAUUAACGCCAACAUUUGUGAAGCUUAUCGCCUGGUAUGAUAAUGAAUUCGGCUACAGCAACCGAGUGGUCGACCUUAUAAAAUACGUUGCCAGCAAGUGAAAAUGAAGGAAUGACU